GAAAGCCAACCCUCUGUACUCCAGGAAAGCCAACCCUCUGUGCUCCAGGAAAGCCAAUCUUCUGUGCUCCGGGAAAGCCAAUCCUCUGUGCUCUGGGAAAGUCAACCCUCUGUGCUCCAGGAAAGCCAACCCUCUGUGCUCCAGGAAAGCCAACCCUCUGUACUCUAGGAAAGCCAACCCUCUGUGCUCCAGGAAAGCCAACCCUCUGUGCUCCAGGAAAGCCAACCCUCUGUGCUCCAGGAAAGCCAACCCUCUGUACUCUAGGAAAGCCAACCCUCUGUGCUCCGGGAAAGCCAACCCUCUGUGCUCCGGGAAAGCCAACCCUCUGUGCUCCGGGAAAGCCAACCCUUUGUGCUCCAGGAAAGCCAACCCUCUGUACUCCAGGAAAGCCAACCCUCUGUGCUCCGGGGACGCCAACCGUCUGUGCUCCGGGGACGCCAACCCUCUGUGCUCCAGGAAAGCCAAUCCUCUGUGCUCCGGGAAAGCCAACCCUCUGUGCUCCAGGAACGCCAAUCCUCUGUGCUCCAGGAAAGCCAACCCUCUGUGCUCCAGGAACGCCAAUCCUCUGUGCUCCAGGAAAGCCAACCCUCUGUGCUCCAGGAAAGCCAAUCCUCUGUGCUCCAGGAAAGCCAACCCUCUGUGCUCCAGGAACGCCAAUCCUCUGUGCUCCGGGACGCCAACCCUCUGUGCUCCGGGAAAGCCAACCCUCUGUACUCCAGGAAAGCCAAUCCUCUGUGCUCCAGGAAAGCCAACCCUCUGUGCUCCAGGAAAGCCAACCCUCUGUGCUCCAGGAAAGCCAACCCUCUGUGCUCCAGGAAAGCCAACCCUCUGUGCUCCAGGAAAGCCAACCCUCUGUGCUCCAGGAAAGCCAACCCUCUGUGCUCCAGGAAAGCCAACCCUCUGUGCUCCAGGAAAGCCAACCCUCUGUGCUCCAGGAAAGCCAACCCUCUGUACUCCAGGAAAGCCAAUCCUCUGUGCUCCAGGAAAGCCAACCCUCUGUGCUCCAGGAAAGCCAACCCUCUGUGCUCCGGGAAAGCCAACCCUCUGUGCUCCAGGAAAGCCAACCCUCUGUGCUCCAGGAAAGCCAACCCUCUGUUCUCCGGGAAAGUUAACCCUCUGUGCUCCGGGAAAGCCAACCCUCUGUGCUCCGGGAAAGCCAACCCUCUGUGCUCCAGGAAAGCCAACCCUCUGUACUCCAGGAAAGCCAAUCCUCUGUGCUCCGGGAAAGCCAACCCUCUGUGCUCCGGGAAAGCCAACCCUCUGUGCUCCAGGAAAGCCAACCCUCUGUGCUCCGGGGACGCCAACCGUCUGUGCUCCAGGAAAGCCAACCCUCUGUGCUCCGGGAAAGCCAACCCUCUGUGCUCCGUGGAAGCACAGAGGGUUAUGA